UUGCGGGCGAGCCCAGCUUCCCAGCCGGUUAAGGGAUCGCGCCCGCCACGAUGGUCAACAACCCGUCCUCCUUCUUUUCCGUUGCCAUCGCCCUCUGCGUCCUGCUGGAAGAAGGUCUGGGCUAUCUGCCAGCAGAAUCCCACCUGGCAGCAGCCAACAGCAGGCAUGUGAGGACAAAGCGAUGUUCUUGCAUCAACUGGGAAGAUAAGGAGUGCAUUUAUUUCUGUCACCUGGAUAUCAUCUGGAUCAACACACCAGGCCACGCCACACCAUAUGGCUUAGGAAAUCCACAAAAGCGGCAGAAACGAUCUCUCAGCCGGUGUGAAUGCUCAUAUGGAAAGGACAGCAUUUGUAUCACCUUCUGCCAAGGCAAGCAUUGGGAUCUCAGGAAUCGAAGGCUGCCCACAAACGCAGGGCUGCUGCUGAAGCUCCUCCAGAGCCACAUCACCAAAAUCUACAAGCUGAACUGAAAAUUCUUGGGGAUCUUGCUCUUGCAGGUGCUGUGUUGCCAGAAAGUUGCUAGUGUCUCCAAGACACAAUAGCAGGUCCUUCUUUGGGAGAAGAGCACCUGGAAGACAAAGCAAGCAAUACUGCAGUGGCAAAAAUGUCUCUUAGCAGAAAGAAUGGAAGUUAAAGACCAACAAAGGAGGUGGAAGGAAGUCUCAAGAGCUGGUAGACUGUGGAUGGAACAGCUGAAGGAUUAUUAUUACUCCAGAGAGCAUCUGGGAGGUACAUUGACCUCUUCUUUUGUCUACGUUUUGAUGCCUUUGGAAAGUCUGUCUACCUUGUUAGAGGAGGAAAAGCAUCAUCUUCUUGGAUACUAACAAGAUUCCACUGCAAAUUUCCAUGUAAAUAGCUGCCUGUCUGAGACAAAGCAAUGCAGUGACAGAUGGACUUCAGCACAGUGGUAAUGUCGAACAUCCCUACCUCAGAGCCUUAUCCCCUCUCACUAUCCCCAAUCACUGGACUUUAUUUGCUCCUGCUCACAAGCUGUCUACCCUUCCUCACUGCAUUUCAUUUGGAGUUGUUUUCUUAUUGGGUAAUGCAAGCCUUGAUAGGAAAUGUCCUUGGACAUAAAGGUUUAGAAAUGCUUCAAGAUGGGAAGACUCUCAAAGCACCAUUUUUAAGUCAGAGGUGGAGAACUUCAAAGUGGGGGUAAAGUUUUGCUAUCUGAUCCUGGCACAGCAAACCUGAAAAAUAGCAAACCCCCCCCACUUCCUUUCCCCUAUAACAAUAGGUGUGGGUUUUUAACACCUGUUUUGGAGGUGUGUGAUGGGCGUGCCUCAGGGAGAUGGCUCAUCUUGGUUUAAAUGAACUGAAUGAAUAUAUGAGGAUCUUGAGGUUUUGACUAAGAUUAGCUAAGUUGGUAGGGUUCACGCCUAGAACUAUGCACCAAGCUGCUUCAUAUUGGGCCAGACUAUUGGCCCACCUCAUUUUCUCUAGUUUGAUGGGCAGAGGCUUACCAUAAGCCUAGGUACAGGACUACCCCAGUGCUGCUAAGUGAGAUGCUCUAAAUGUUUAACAUGAGAUGCAUGGCCAGUUCACACACUUUUCCAAAAAGCUGUGGCAUUUGAUUAUCAGUGUGGCUUCCACAGACGGAGGUGCUCCGGCUCACCGCAUACCUGAUGUGCUUGUACAUUGGGCUGGGAUGUCAGCUCCUCUGCUAUUCUUUAUAGUCUUUGCCAAUAUUUGCUACAAGACCAUUCAGUCCUGUGAACUGAGGUUUGUGUAGAAGUUGGAAAAGAUAUCAUGAGAACAUGAUAUCUAAAGGAUUCUGGGAGUUGUAGUUUAAAAAGUAAAUGUUCUAGCCUCCAAGUGUAUGUUUUCACACGCUUCCUGAGUCUUGAGCCAUAAAAGAGAGAAUGACACCACUCUUUUGUAAAUUUGUAAAUCUACAGUUGUAAAAUUUCACCAUGUUUACUAGUCUUAGGCAGCUUGGUGAUCAUGUUUUAAUGUCCGAUUGUCACAUCCUUUGGAUAUAUUGUCAAUGGAUUUGAAUGCAUCUGAAAAGAUGUCUUUUACAGUGCAGUCUCCUAUGUAUGUCUGCUUGUAUGAAAGCCAGGUUGAGUUCAAUGAGGCUGACUCCUGGGAAAUUAUAUAUAUGUUGGAGCUUUAAUGUAGCUUCCAUAGGGCAGAUUUACCUGAAACAUACGAUCUGCUGAAACGUACUUGAUGUAGCAGCUCAGAGUAUGUGGAGAAGUUGUUGUUUAUAGCUUCAGGAUGUAUGGGAGGUUGAUUUUAUAAUUCCUGGAACAUAUGUGGAAAUGCAGGAUUGGUUUUUGUACAGACAACAAGGUCUUCUUGUGCUUAGAGCUGUCAUAUAUGCUAAUCUUUUAAGAAACCACUGGAAUGAAUUCACCCUGAGCAUUCUGAGGGUGGGAAGCUAAUGCCAGAAAGAGGUGGAGCAGAGAGGAAAUCAAGCCCUUCCAAGUAACAGACUGGAACUAAUCCAGACCUUUUGAGAGGAGCACAUAUUCUAUCCUUCUUAAAAGUUCUGGGGUCACAUCAUGUCUGCCUCUGGACUAUACCUUGUUCUUUCCAUUAAAGAAAAAUAUCUCCUGUAUGCAGAAAACUAGCUUUAAUACAACUGCCCUAGAAACUUUAUUCCUGAAAUGUUACCUUUCUACAUAACAAAAGAGUAUUUGGAACUUUUAAAAAGAGUCUGAAGGAGCUAUAGCUUUAAGGCUGCCAUAUGGCUCCACUGGCCCCUGAAUGUAUAUCUCUGCCCUUAGAAACUUCAAUGAUAUACAGUAUAUAAGUUACCUUGGAUAACCUAAAUGUUCUUGAACUAUGGUUCCCAAAAACCUUCUCCACCAGCUGUACCAGCUCGGGUUUCCAGUAGUUGGAGUCUUGAUUAUUGCAGUCCAGUAAUCAGGUGAUUGCUGGGAAGGAUAAGGGCAAUCAUUAGGCCAUGAACAGGCAGGUAGUCCAAAUGCUGGAGAGAGUCUAACUCCCAUCAGUCCUGCCAGUAUGACCAGUGGUCAGGAAUGCUGGAGGCUCCUGCAUCUGGAGGAGCACAAGUUAUCCACCUCUAUAUUAGGCGGAAACAUUUGGAACAAUGUAUGUCUAAAGCCCAAUUUCUCCUAUCCUAUGGCAAAAAUUAUUAUUGCAUUUUAUCAAUCUUCUGGGAAGAAAUCAGUUCAGCUCUCAUGUAAAUUUCUUCUAUACCUAAAGCACAGGACCCUUUACUCAUUUGUCUCAUUUGUUGUAGCUUCUGUUACAAAGCACUGAGAACAAAACCAGAUCUAGUUCCUACAGAUGCAUCAGUCCUCCCGAUAAAUCCAUGUUUGGAUUGGUUGGAUCAUGAUGAUGAUGAUGGCUUGAGGCAGAACUAGGCUGUCCAGAUGUUUUUGGUUGUCCAGAUGUUUUUGGACUACAGUUUCCAUCAGCUCAAGCUGGCAUAACUGACAGUGAGGAAUACCAGAAUUUGCAGUUCAGCAAGCAUCAAAAAGGCUAGAUUUUGCCCACCCCUGGUUUAAAGCCUUGCUCUCAGUGUUCAGACAUUCAGAUCGGUCUGUUGUAAUCUCCUAAGGAGCAAAUUAUUCCCUUUAAAACCAUUCUUCAAUAUUUUUUAUGGGAGGUAAACCUCUUGAACAAUGUAUCAUAAAAUCAGAAUGCGA